ACGGUUACGAACUCCUAUUUUCGGAAUGUAUGAGAACCUGAAGUGAUUUAUGUUCAUUGAAGUUGGUUUCCCCCUUUUUCCCCCGUUCUUGUUUUAUAUCAAGUUAUAUAUGUUAGUAGGAACGUUAGUAGUAGUGUUAAAAUUUGUGUUUAAAGACGCUGUCGGUCAGUGUGGGUGCGGCUCACCAACAAACCCACAGAUUUAUAGACGAUUUUACUGAAAUCAACAGCAGUAUGAAGAGCACUUUCGUAUUCAUUGUUAUAUCACUCGUGUGCGGUGUGAUUGGUGAUGAAGUGAAGUCAGUGUCAGUGUAUGAGGGAGAAUCUGUUGCUCUACACACUGACAUUACUGAAAUACAGAAAACUGACAAGAUAUAUUGGAGAUUUAGAGACAAAGACAAAGCUAUUCUUCUAGUUCAGAUGAUUGACUAUAAGGUCACAUAUGGUUUUACUGAUGAGAGAUUUAAAGACAGACUGCAGAUAUCAGACACUUUAACUGGAGAUCUCACCAUCAAGAACAUGAGAAUCAAACACACUGGACCCUAUGACGCAGAGAUCAACACUGCCACUGGAACAUCACAUAAGAGAUUUUAUGUUACUGUCAAUGAAUCUGCUUCUGAACUUACUACAGGUGAAGUGAAGUCAUUGUCAGUGACGGAAGGAGAAUCUGUUACUCUAAAAACUGAUCUUACUAACAUACAGAAAGAUGCGUUCAUACUGUGGAGAUUUGGAGAUAAAAGUGUUUUAAUAGCUACAUGUGAUAAGGAGAACAAUAAGAUCUCAUGUGGUAAUGAUGAGAGGUUCAGAGAAAGACUAAAGAUGAAUGAUCAAACUGGAGAUCUCACCAUCACAAACUUCAUAAACUCAAACGCUGGAGUUUAUAAACUGAAGAUCAGCAGCAACAAACAGAUCAUAGAAAAGACAUUCAGUGUUUCUGUUAGCGGGAAUACUUCAGGUGUUAUAGCAGGGUUAUGUGUUUUCUUCCUUCUGGUUAUUGCUGCUGUUAUUGCUGCCAGUAUGAUUUUGUAUCGUCGAAAGAUCUCCAAACUAAAAAAACAAAUAGAGAAGUCAAUGUCAGUGUUUGAGGAAGAGUCUGUUACUCUACAAACUGGUGUUUCUAAACUACAGUCAGACGCUGUGAUCCAAUGGAUAUUUGGAAAUAAUGACGUCUUAGCUGAAAUCAAUAGAAAGGACAACAUGUUCUCUACAUAUGAUGGAGCUGAUGAGAGAUUCAGAGACCGACUGAAGCUGGAUGAUCAGACUGGAGAUCUCACAGUCACAAACAUCAUGAAAGAUCACUCAGGACACUAUAAAGUAAAGAUCACCGGCGGAGUAAUUCCAUGUUCUCAAUUCAGCACAAGCAAAGAAACGUCAUGCUGUCAAUUCAAUGUUGUCGUCUAUGUGAGGAAAGCUGAGGGAAGUUUUGUAACUUUACCCACUGGUAUAAAUAAUAUCCAGGCUGAUGAUGUCAUCGAGUGGAUGCAUGGAGAUAAAGAGGUCAUAGCUGAAGUCAAGAGAAAAGACAACAUGUUCUCUAAAUAUGGUGGUGCUGAUGAGAGAUUCAAAGACAGAUUGGAGCUGAAUCAUCAGACUGGAUCUCUUACCAUCAGUGAUCUUAACCCUAAACACUCUGGACAUUAUACACUGAAGAUCACCAGCAGUAGAGGAACAUCAAGCUCUCAGUUCUGUAUCGUCGUCAUUGAGAAGAUCAGACUGGUAGGAUUGGGACGUUCAGUCACUCUAGACACUGGUGUUACCAAAAUAAAGAAAGAUGAUGAGAUACAGUGGAGAUUUGGACCUGAAGACACUGUUAUAGCUCAAAUGACUGGAGGAACCGAUAAACCUUCAUAUAACUUUACUGAUGGAAGAUUCAAUGGCUUAAUGCAGAUGAACAAGCAGACCGGAUCUCUCACCAUCUCAAACAUCACUGUUAAACACUCCGGAGUUUAUAAACUACAAAUCUGCUGCGGUAAAAAGACUGACUACAAGAAAUACAACGUUUUCAUCUUAGUGCCAGCGAAAGAUGGAGAAUCUGUGACUUUAAAGACUGAAGGUAAAAUACAAAGAGGUGAUCAGGUGGAGUGGAGCUUAAAAGGUGAUCAGUUAAAAUUGAGCAAAACUGAUGAAAUCACUCUGGUAACUGGAGAGAAUGGAGACGACAGCAAGACUUCAUAUACAGAUGACUGGAUGCACAAAGACAGACUGAAGAUGAACGCUCAGACUGGAGAUCUCAACAUCACAGAUGUGAAGAAAUCAGACGCUGGAUUUUAUACACUACAGUUGACAAACACUGAUGGAAAAAUCUCCUACGUCAAAUACAGUCUUUAUAUAUUCGCCAAGUCUGGUGGAAACAAUCCCACCCAGCAGAUCUCAGGCCAUGCUUGUGGAACAGGACUGAACAAACCAGCAGGUGUCAGUGGAAAUGAAGCAGCGAUGAUUCAGAUGGCUUGAAUGCAAUAAACGGCUGAUAGAUGCUCAACAUCUACAGUGACAAAUCAGAUAGAUAGAUUGAUAGAUGGAUAGAUUAACCCUCUGUGUGCUGUUGAGCCCAAGAAAUAAAAGCUUUUUAAAGCUUUUUUUAAUGAUAAAAAGGGAAACAAACUUUCAUUUAUUUGCCGUCCACAGUGAUCAGAACCUUUUAUAAAUUACAUAAUUUCAAGAGGGUGCUUAAUGCUAUUAUAUGCAUUCUGACUUAACACAGUUUAAGAGUUGUAUUCCUCAUGCUAAACAAAUGCAAAAAAGUAGUCGAGUCAAAAAAAACAGUUGAGCUGGUUACGGAGUAUUUUUGUGCCAAAGUCCCGCCCCCUCUUUCCUACAAGUUUUUUUCGAACAUGGGUACGUGUUAUGUAUUAUCCCAUGUUCCUUUUAUGGGCACUUCAAUCAGAAAAGCACGCCCACACGGCAAUCAAAAUGAGAGCGAGAACUUUGAGUAGGUGUCACAGGCAUCACUUCACGCAAUACGUUUUAUAUCAAGAAGCAACAAGUGCACGAAAGAAGAUGUGUGUUUUUGCAUGUAAAGCUUUGUUCAGCUUUCCAAGUAAGCCAGCCUUAAGUCCAAUUUAUAGUCGUGCGUAAGCUCUACGGCAUAGGUUAGCCAUAGCCUGACAUGCACCUCGCAAAAUUUUUAACAGCGCGUCAGUUCUAUGCGGAAUGCAAAUGCUUUGAUUGGUCCACUAGAAUCCUGUGCCGUGUCAGCUACGCCGUAGGACCUGCGCACAACUAUAAUGAGUUUAUUUAUUCAGUGUAGCAGCAGAGUUUUGCGUGUGUUUGUUUAACACUGGAUUUCAUUGAAAUUGGGUCAUAAGUCGCAGGCGGUAAGUAAAACUGCAUCAAAUGUCUGAGUUAGAUGAUGGGAUAAUGUUUUGUGUGUGUUUCUUGCUCAUGACUCGCUCCUUCCGCACUACGCUUCCGAGAUCUCAUGCGUUUUCGAGAACAUUCGCUGAUUUGUCUCUUAUAAAUCUGAUAAAACUUAAGACUCAUCUGAGAUAUGAAAGAUGUAAUACUACUCUAUACUAAAGAUUAAUGUAAGAUGAGCAGAAACACCGUGUGUUAUUUGACCUUUAACCGUUUGACUCUUAUGUCUUUGAUAUUGUGUGACACUAGACAGUAUUACUUUAAUUUAUGACACUCAUAUAUGCAUUACAUAGAAGAUCUGACUGUGUGUAGUCAAUUUUACACGUUUUACACAGUUUUAUAACUGUUAACACUUCAUAACAGGAGGAUCAUGUCUUUAUUAUAAUAAAUGAGAUUGUGAAAGUUCAGUGUGUAUUUAAAAUGCACAUCAUUAAAAAAACAUGGUAUGUCAUUUAGUGCCAGAUCAGUAUAAGAUAUUGAUGCCUGUUUUGUUUUUAUUUUAGUCUUCAUUAUUUAACAAAGUAUUUUAAAUAACUAUUGUAUACUUAAAUGUUUUUGCUAUGUAAAUAUAUUGCACGUACUUUAUUGCACUUUUUAAUUGAGCAAAUAUAUUUUUCUGCAUUUUUAUUUCACUUUAGAUGUGUCAUUUAAAUGAAUACAUAUAGCAGUAUUAAUAAACUUUGUAUCAUUUCAGUCCUAAUGUACCACUAUUAUUAUUAUUAUUAAUAAAUGGGAAAAUGUCA